GCCUUAAGUUAACCAGUAAGUUUGAGUAAGCUUCGGGCAGGAGGGGCUCAUUAGCCAUGGCUGGCUACCCACCUAGGAGAAGGAAAACGCUGAAUUCAAACCUCUGUUUGGCGACCCUAAGGCAGUUUGCAGCACCCAGUGCCAUACUCUGGCAGAACCUGCGACACCGCUGACCCCAAACUGUAUCGGCACUGCUGUUCCUUUGGAUACAUCAGCUGCAUGGAGAGGGGGGAACUGAUGUGUGGGCGACAUCAUUCCGACCACAGCUAAUGCCCAGGCAUUCAUCUCACCGAGAUGAUCCAUAGUCGCUUCGCCACUGAAGGAGGCCAUAGAAUUUAUAUUUAUUUAAUAAAUUAUAGAUCAACAUAGACUGAUUCAGUAAUUGGGUUGAACUUCACUUCGCUUGAUACAGUUACAAUGUUAUGAUAGAAACUGUCUAGUUCUAGAAAUAGGCAAUAGGCUGCAAAUAUUCAACUAGUCUAUACAAUAGACCCUCGUAGAUCUAGAAAUAAUCUGGAUAUAGAUCUAAAUAAUAUAAAUAUAAUAAUUUUCUAGAUCUAGUUCUAAAAGAAUCAUUCAAUCACUUAUAAUCUAUUCAACUAGAUUUAAUUAAGGGUAAUUAUAAUAAUGAAUAAUAAUAUUUUUUAUGACACUAUGCCUAUGAGUCAAUUAUGUCGAUAUAUAUAAUAUAGAAUAAAAUAUAUAGAUUUUAGAUUAUUUUAGAUCUAGUCUAGAUUUGCCCUGUGAGUGUGAGUGUGACUGUGACUAUUGUGAGUGUGACUCAGUUACUGACUCGGUUAAUACUCCAGUAAAUAGAUUAGAUUCUAGUAGCUCUAUGUACAGACAGUGUAUAGAGUUUAGAUCUAGAUCUAGAUUUUUUUUUUUUUAUGCAUCACUUUCUUAAAAUGGCUUCAUUUCUCUACUUGAAAUAUGAGCAACAAUGUAGGUAGCUUUACCAUCAACUUUUCAUCUUGUCUCUUGGUUCAUAGCAGCCAAUUAUUUGUAAGGAGCAUCAUAAUUAAUAAUGUCGGAUAGUGAGAACAUGUCUGCUACACAGCCUGAGAGAGAAGGGCUUGUCUUUCACAUUGAUGCUGACAAAUUAGAGCCUCAAACAGCUGCUGUAGUGGGAUCUAUCAAAAAGCUUGCAGAAAGUUUGCUGUUUCAUUGGAAGACAUUUCCAAUCGUCCUUCCUGACUCUAUUACACAGAGACGAGUGGAGGAAGCAUCUGUAGAUAAUGGGGAUAAUUUGGGUGUUGUCCAGUUCAAAGACUUGUUUAUUGCGCCAAGUUUUGAUGAGCUGGAAGAUGUGGCCACUGAUGAAAAUGGCAAGUUGAAAAAGCUGAAAGAUGAACAGCUAAAUAUGAUCAGAAAGACUGCAGAAUUUGAAGUGCCUAGUCAUAACUUUCAAGGUCAGACACACAGGUGGAGACUAAGUAGAUUAAUUCAAAAAGGUUCAGAGAAAACCAGGAACUCCUUACUAGGGGAUUUGUCCCGGUCCUUAUCUUUACUGAUCAUAACAGCUCGCAAUAGAUUCUGCUCAGAUUUUUUCAGUAUGAAAGAAGCAGCCCGUGGAUGGGGAAAUGGAUUUUGGAAUCUUUUAGAUAUACUAAUUGGCAUGCCAUCUACAACACCCGGAGACAUAUGUCAGAAACUACAUGAAGAACGUAUGCGAUAUUUAGUAGCUGAACUUGAUAUUAAGCCAAACUUGAAGAGGGAACUCAAUGUCUACUGUGAUUAUAUAAAGUCUCAGUGUAGUUUGUCAGCAGCCAACAAAAGCAAGACCAGUGAAUUACAUCCUCCACCCAUCCCUUAUCGUUACCAGACACCAAAAGGUCAAGAUAUUGACUUGAGACUUUUCAACAGAGACUUAAUGAACAACAGCUUGGGGAUAUUGUCCAACAUUCUAGACAGACAAGCAAAAGGCUGGCACAUUCAGAUGAGGAUCAAACUGAUACGACAUUAUCAUGAUCAAGGCUUAACAAAGGAAGAAAUAUCUCAGAAAGUGACAGAGGACAUCAUGGAUCACUAUUUGAACAAGGUGUUUAGUUCCAUUACAACUAACGCUGAACUGGAUGUCCUGCAACCUGGACUGGGUGCCCUGCUUGUAAAUCAAGCCAGAUCUAUCCUAGUCAUGAUGAAAGCUCAGAAAAAUGUACAGCAGAAGUUAGAAAUGCACAAGGAAAAGUUAAUGAAGCAUUUACAGGACACUUACCCAAUCAAAUCUCGUAUUGACACAUGGGUGAAGGAACAGAUUCGAGCCUUUGAGAGAGAGUUUGUGCGUCAGAACCUGUGGACAGCUCAUGAGGAAGCCAUUAGUUUGUGUGAAGAGGAAGGGCUGGAGCAGACUGUUUACUUCCUCAAAAGAGAUCUCAAUUUUAUUAAAGAGCGAGAGGCUGUGUUGAAAAAAGAACUGGAACGAGUGAAGAUCCCAACCAGAGAGUAUAAUUUUUACACAAACAUUUGGUUUCCUCAAAACUGGAUUGUUCGUCAGUCUCCCUUUGGUGGUAGAGCUGAGAUCAUUCCAACUGUUAUUAGGUCAACAGAACCUUUGCAUACAAAUUCACUGGACUUGAACACACGCUUCACUGUUCAAAAGCAAAUUAGCAGAGUUACCAGCACCCGUUAUCCAUUCUGGAGAUGGUGGAAUUUCUUACAUCGCUCCUGGUCAUUCACCUGGAACCUUAUUUAUUUAUUUGGUGUCAUUAUCCCAUGGUGUAGUCCUUUUGGUUUAAGAGCCUUGAUUUGGCCUACAGCCUUUGUGCCAGAUCUUGAACAAUCAAGAUUCGAUGGGUCCUUGUACCCAAGAAUGUCUUCCAAAACUCACACACUGUUGUCACGUCUUAGAGCUCUUUGGUCUAAUGUGAAGGUGUCUCGAGAUAAUUUUGAAGCUGCACCUGACAGAAGUUUUCUGGGUAAGAGUAUGACUCGACAUUUCAACAGACUGUGGAAUUAUGUAUUGAAAGGUGCUUUCGGAAGUGUCAUUAUUGUUUCAAUAUUUCCUAUUAUAUGCAUCACUGUGUCAGCUCUUUCCUUAACUGCAUCUUUUCUGGCACCAGUUUGGGUUCCAUGUGGAAUACUUUUGGGUCAUGCAUUCUGUUUCCUGAUAUGGGACAUAGAUAAUCCAAGGUCAGAAAAAAACAAAAUUAGCAUCUUGAUGGAGGCUCUGGUGUGGAACUUUCUGCUUCAAGGUUGUCUGCAGCCCAUAUCUGCAGUCUUAGUGGGUGCUGUUGUAUGCCCAGCCGCUUCAUUUUUAAUCUUUUUAGUUGGCAUUGUUCGAUUUUGUUUGAGGAACUUUUGGGACACUGCCAUGUUUCAUGUCAUCAUCAAAACUAGAGGGCGUGUCCCAGGAAGUGAUGGCUUUGUAGCCAGGAGAAUAGCAGGGCCUGGACUUGCUUCCAAUUAUUUCUUCCAGAUUCGACCUGAACAAGCUCUAGCUGCAGUGGAAGCUAAGAUAGAAUAUGAUGAGCUGGAGGCUUGGAAGAAACAGAUGGUCUCUGUACUGGAGCAGCCCAAAGAAGCUUACAGAAAUUUUGUUGAGCAGUGCUUCAAACCAUUCUCUGCUGCACUGAGUGACCAAGGAGUCUAUCACAAACUGUGUAAAGAACUCAAUUCCUUCCUUGCUGAACUCAACAGUAAAGUCUCUGACCGAGAAGGAAAGCUGAACACAGGACUUAAUUCAGAACUACAGCGUAGAAUUAAACUUCCUGAGUCUGAUCUUAAGCUAACCUUAGCCUACACUGCCAAGCUGCUGGAAGAAUUCUACCCUGAUCAUGUGAUAGCUCGCUCUGGCGUCAGUGAGGAACAGUUCUGGGAGAAACUAGAUCUGGAGUUUAGGGACUGGAGAGGCUUUGCUGCUGCCAAACUGAAAGAGAUUUUUGCAGCUUCUUUCUUGGUGCCUUUAGAAGAGACAGACAAUUAUUUUCAUUUAAAGGUCAAUCACAUGAACAUCAAGCGCUAUGCUGAGAUGUUGUCCUCUGCUAACUUUCAUGAUGACCUGGACAUGGUAGUAGAACUGCACACACCUGAAGGGGAAAUAACUGGUCAGCCACCUUACCUUGAAGUUGGUUUCUUCGAUCCAAGCCAGAAGCACCAUGUCAACACUCUACAAUCUUUGAGUAUAAAAGGCCGUAGAUGUAGGGGAGGUCAUGGAGACAAUCUGACAGAAUUUGACAAACUAGAAAUGGCUCUCCCCAUCCCACACCCUGCUUACAUUGCCAUUGCCAUUUACAACAGAGAAAAUGACUCAGAGCCCAUUGACCUCAAUGACAUCAACUGUCACAGAAUAGUCCGUGCCACCAAAGAUGUCCCAUACAUAGACUUGAAUGAGCUGAGCAGCAUCGAUCCGUCCAACACUGAGCUCAGCACUCCUGACAACGCCACUUGCAAGUCUGUGACCAUCACUUCCCAUCUAGCCAUCCAGGAGAGGUCCUUCUCUGAUGAAGCUGUCUGCAAGCUGUCUCCCCAGGCUCAAACACCAAAAUCUGAGGAUGGUGCGGCUCCUUUCCCUGAGUCAGAUGCAGCACGGGAGAAAACAGCUAAGACAGUAUACUAUGAAGUGGAAAAGGACACUAGCUGUGUCUUAAAUGUUUCAGACGACCAAAAUGACCUUUAACAAUAGACUAGUUAAUAGGUUAAUACCAACGUUUCUAUUUUUUUGUUUCCCUGAGAUUCUCGAGCUGUGUUCAUUCAUAGAAUGGUUCACAUUUUAAUAUAAAAGCUGACUUAAAGUUUUCAACUCACAAUUUGGUAUAAAUCAUUUUGAUUCAAAACAUUCUAAAAUUGUGAAGAUCUAUUGUAUUUUUUUAAAGUCUUAAUGGUUUUUGUAUCAUUAUUGGUUUAGACCCAUUGUUUUAAUUUGAAGUGCAAUUUGAUUGUAAUGUAUGUUAAAUGUGAAUGUUUCAUUCUAAAUGUGAUCUGGUUGACCUUGAUCUUGUUGCAAAUACACUCCCUAUAUCUUAUUAGAUAUUUUUUGUUUUGUUCCAUUAUUGUGUGCCUGCCUACUUGCUGAAGGUUGUGAUCUUUUCAAAAUAUGACUCAAACUUUGUUCCAAGCUCUUGUAAGAAUUUUUUUUUUUAGUUUUUAUUUUUUUGUUUAUUUUUAUAUAUUGGAAGAGCAGUCCAUUUUUUAUUUUGCUACAUGUGUCAACAAUAUUGCCUUCUAGAUGGGAGAGUUUUGAUGUAACUUAGUUACAUGAGAGCAAAUAAUGUAAAUAUUUUAGAAUCAAAAUAUUUCUGAGUUGGUUUGUAUUUCUACUACAAAUUUACUGUUUAUGUUUUUUUCUUUUAAUAUCAACAUAUUUUGUUUGAUUUGUUAAAACUAUUUCUUGUUGUGUAACUAAAGAUAUUACUUUUGCUAGUAGUAUAUACUUCUACUCAUACAUUUUGUUUCCUUUUAUUUGAUCAUACUUUUUAAUAUGCUUAUAAAGAGGACUGGUUCAUUCUAUUGGUAUUUCAGGUUGAAAACUAUAUAUUCAUCUCUUUGAAAAAAAUUGCCCAUAGUCUAGUCUGCAACAUAGUCAUUUACUGAAAGAAUACUAUUUACACAGGUACAUUGUACAUUUUCAUAUACAGGUAUUGAGUGUAUGUGAAGGCUUAGAGUAAUGAUGUUUUUUUCUAAUUUUAUAGCCUAUGGUGUAAACGAUUCACAGCAAAAACUUUUAUUUUUGUUUAAUUGUUUAAAAACAAAAACUCCCACACCCUAACAAGAUGUAGUACUGUACAGAAUGAUACUAAGAAUAUUUAUUUGUUAACACAUCAUUCGAUAUAAAUACUGUCAACAUAAUGCUCACUUACUUCCCAGGAAGGUUUUACAUUUCAUGAAUUAAUGUUGAUGAAACUUCUAUUAAGAUAUUUAUCAGUUGAGCAAGUGCUUUGACCUCUUGCUCUGUGAUCUUGUUAGAGUUUGGAGCACUGAUCAUUCCUGUAUUCAGUGGGUGGAAAAAAUGAUGCUAUCAAAGCAAAAAUGUAAUGACCAAGCACUUUGAUGGGAGGGCUGUUUCCCUACUUCUGAUAAAAGUAAAAGUUUCGCAGAGUUCAAUAAGAAACUUCAAAUUGUUCUAUCCUGGGUGUUAGACAUCAGGAAAACUAAUAUUUAAUUUAAAGGUCAUAUCCCUAGUGUUUAUAGUACAUUUGGUGUGAGCGUGCAAGAAAUAAAUGGCUUAGAAGAGAGUGCAUGAAAUCAGUAUUUUUAUUUUUUAUACUUGAAAUAUAAAAUCAGACAUUGAUUAAAAAAUUUAUGUUUUAUGCAAACAAAAGUAGAGAUAGUACUACACCUACCAUUCUAGUUGGUGCUUGCAUUCAAAUAAGUUAUCUUUACACCACAGUUCAAUUUUUAUGUAGAUUUAUCUCCAUGUCCAACCUUUUGAACUCUUCUAAAAAUUUACAACCAAACAUUGUGGUCCAUGUAAUUUUGUGAAUACAACCUUUGACCUUUGUACAUUUCUAUUUGUUUGAUGACAAAGAUUGUGUCUCUAUAUGUGCAGACUUUCUAUAAAUUUUUCCUAUACAUCUAUUUGCUAUAGUCAUUAUUUUAAAUUGUUUUAAUUUUGUUUAAUUUUAUUUAUAAGUCAUUCUAAUCAUCAGCUUAAUCAAUAUAUCUAUUUAUGAACAUUUUAUUUGUGGAAGCCCCUCUCCCUCCCACCGAAAAGUUUGUAUUUAUGGCUGUAUGUGGUUGGCAAGCUUUACUAAUAAUCAAAGAAGCUAAAAUUGUACAUAUUUGUGUGAAAGACAAUUUUUAUCUCAUCUAAUAACAUUUCUUCCUAGUUUUUUUCAAUUUCUGUCCAGACAGUCCUUCCCUGUGUCAGUAUAGUUUGCAGACACAAAAAUGAAAAAUGAAGUUGUUAUUUUUGCAUUUGGAUUGUUUUUUUUAAAUUAUCAUUUUAUUAUUCUCUUUUGUUUUCACUUCUAAAUCUCCUGGUUACUUGUAGCACUAGAGUUCUUUAGUAAUUAAGACAAGCACAAUAGCAACAAAAAACAUUAGCCAAAAGCUUAACAUCAACUUGUUUUCCUUGUAAUGUUAAAACUUGGAAAAUGCUCCCCUCUCAUACAAAUGAAUUGGUGUAAUUUUGUUCUUCAGUUAUUCCUGAAUGUGAAUUCCAUGUUGAUGACCGUUCAUUUUCUAUGAGCAUUUAAAAAAUUUGGCUAUCACUUGUAUUCAAUUUGACUAUGAAUAAUAGAAAUAAAUGUGUUUUUUGUAUAUUCAGUUGACAACUGAGCAUAUCCGCUGUAACAAAGAAUAAAAUCUACUUUUGGCAAAUACCUUGAGACACAAAAUAUCUCUUUUAAUAGAAAAGUUUAUGAUAGAAAUUAAUGUUUGUUUAAUAUAAAAGUUACAAUAAUAUUUUAUGAAUAAAAAAAAAAAUAGCAAUAAAAUGACUGUACAUAUUUUCAUAUACUAUCACUUUUUUUUUUAAUAAAAAAAAUGUAUUUAUUUUUUUAUCUUCUUUGUAUACAAGUCUCCCACACAAAAAUGAACAACUAAUUCUUACUUCAAAUAUAAUCUAACUGGAUUCUUUCAUUGAAGGUCUUGUUAACUUUCCUCUUCACAACCAGCACCUAGGCUGCAAGGGUUGUUACCCAUGACAUUAGACUGCUAUCUUGCUGUGUCAUUAACAAGCACUCAUAUCUGUUUCAUUAAUAACUAUGCUCUGGAGAAGGAAAUAAAAUUCUUUCACUUUUUUUUUCAGUGCACACUACACUAUCAUGUGACACCAGCCUUUGUUUUUAAUGCAAUCAGUAUUUCUUUUGUGUUUAUUUGUAUUAAAAUUUUGUUUGGAUGUGGCCCAUUGAUUUGUUUUCUUAGCAUAAAUUGUAUAAUAGUUAGUUUCUACUUGCAAAUUAAUAACAAUAUACUUGAAGGCUAAAAUGCAUACAAAUAGUUUAAGACCCAAGUGUAUUAUCUGGUUAGGCAAUGUUAACUUCUAAUUAAGAAUGCUAUUAUAAUGUCAGCAUAGAGGAAUAUCUAUUAGUAGAGAUGCUACUUAAGUUGUAUAUUUGUCAGCUAAUUACCAUUGUAGAUACUUAGAAAUUGUAGACAUACUUACAUAUAAUAUUUUAAGGUGGAAACACAACUCACACUUGUAACAGGUUUUCUAAUAUAAUUUUUUUUAUUUUUGCAAUGCACUAAAAUUGCACCUGAUGUUUUAGUCUCCUUGUUUGUUAUUCUGUAUAUUUGAUAUUCAUUUUGAUAUAAAUUUAUUGUUUGUGUUAUAUACUUGGGUUUUUUUUUUCUUUAUAGACACUAGUUUUAUUGUACAUUUUGUUUUAAAAGGAAGAAAGUACUGCAUUUCUUUAUAAUGAUAUACUAAUAUACUGCAUUGCACUGUUUGGUUACUUCUUGUAUGCCUUACACACAAUGCAUAGCUUACUUCAUUUUUUUCUUUAGCUUUAGCUCAGCCUACAGAUUGUCUGCAUUAAUACCAAGUACACAUUUAAUUUAGAUUUUGUAAUUUCACAUUAAGGCUUUAUGUUGAUAUUGCUUAGCUAUGAGGAUAUUUAGUUGAGUUGUUUUUUUAGUUUAUUUUUUCUUACUUACUGGGAGUUUUUGUUUUAAAAGGAAGAAACAAGUAAUUAUUUAUGUUAAUUUCCACCUCUAUGUUACUAUAGCUUAUAUAUAUUUUUAUAUUAUUCAAAUUAAAUUUUGAUACAAAUAGGCCUACUAUAUUGAUACAAAUUAAAAAAAAAACAACUGAAAACUUUGAAAAAAAUAUUGAAAUCCUGCCUACCAUUAUCUCUUCCCCUCUUGAGUAAUUGAGCAUAAUAAUGUUCUUUUAGAAGUGACAUCUUCCAUAAACAAGAUUUUUUUUUAUAAAUUUUGCAUUCAAAAGAUUUAAAUUGUUAAAUUAAUGAUUAUCAAAAAUAAUAAUUAUUAUAGCAUGUAAAAUAUAAUUUAAACAAUGCAAAAAUGUUUUGUAACUUUUAAUUGUGGUUACAUUUUGUAGAAAUGGAAAUAUGAAUAUUUAAAUAUUAAUUUUAUUAAUGAUUUCAAAUUGUCAUUUAUACAGACUCAUUCAACAAGCAGCUGUCUACAACUGUGCUUCAAUGAGCAAUUCUGCAUGAAUUAGUGCUUAAUAUAGUUAUUGCAUGCAAACUGGGAUAACUCUUAGCAUUCAGCCUUGCUUUGAACUAUUGUUUUUUUUAAAUUUAUUUUGAAUAAUUUUUUAUUUGAUUUUUUGUGCAUGUAUCAGGCACAAAUAAAAUAAUAUGUAUAAUAGCUGUAAUAUGUAGAAUAUAAAACUUGGACUGUAUGAAUGUAAGAGAUGAGUUCAACACCAAAACAAAUUGAAUGCAACUUGGUAUUUGAUUCAUUGAUAGUUGUGGAGUUAGCUAUUCACCUUAUAUCUUUAGGAUUAGACUAUUCCUACAAAAAAUGUGUUGUUUUGUUUUCUUUUUAACUAUUUUACAGUUGUUUGAUUUGUCUUGCUUUAAAACUUUGUUAUAAUUGUUAAUUAAUUUUAUUAUUUACAGAUGUUAGUUAUAAUUUUAAAUUUAAGUUUUGUUUUUCUAUCAAAUGUAAGAAAUUGCAUUUUUUUUUUUUUUUUUUUUUUUGAGAAUAUAUACAAUGUUUGUCUUAUAAAUGUGCACGUUUUCAAACUAAUUUCUAGUGUUAUACCCUUUUAAAUUUAUCAGCCUUUCUGAUAGUUUGACCAUUGCUUUCUUUCCAGUUUUGCUAUGAAACACAAAAGAUUGAUGAAUGUUUGAAACUUGUGUAAAUAGAUUAGGUAAUUGAAUUGGUCAAGUUAUACAGUUUUAUGACCAAAUCUUAUUCAUUUUUGAUGUACACAUAUGAUAUUAAGCACAUUGUUAUGAAGGGUAGAUUUUAUCAGCUCAGCUCACAUAAUGUCGGAUUCCAAAAUUAUUUUUUUGCUCAGACAAUUUACAAAUUUAAUUUAAGAGUACUUUAAAAAAUUAUUUGAAUUAAGAACUUCAUGGUUGUUGUUUUUUUAAUGAUCUAUUGUAAUCAUAGAUAUUAGUUUGAUUGGUUUGUUUUUGAAACAGUUGUUAUUCAGUUUCAAUUUCAACAUUUUGAUGUAUAGAUGAAAUAUAGAUUUAAAACUUAAUGUUCAGAAUAUUAUGUCAAAAACUUCAAGAUGAAAUUGACAUUUUGGUAUCAAAACAAAUGCUUAUCAUGUGAGCUUUUCAUGGAAGAUGUUUUUUUGUGUUGUUUUUUUCUCCAAAAUUACUUAAUAAAGUGAAAAAUAAAAUAAAAAGCAAUGGCCAUUAGUAAAAAUAUUCUGGGUGAUCUAUUAGUUUUGUUUUAUAAGUUUGUAGUUUUAAAUCUCCACUGCUGUUUUUGUGUGCUUUGAGUAUUUUUUGUACCUUUGAAUCUAAUAAAACUUUGUCACAACUA